GGGAGACCAGAUAUAGUGAAUGCAGGAUCCGGGCAGACCAGAUAUAUGAAUGCAGGGUCCGGGGAGACCAGAUAUAGUGAAUGCAGGGUCCUGGAAGACCAGAUAUAGUGAAUGCAGGGUUCGAGGAGACCAGAUAUAAUGAAUGUAGGGUCCAUGGGAGACCAGAUAUAGUGAAUGCAGGGUCCUGGAAGACAAGAUAUAGUGAAUGCAGGGUCCGGGGAGACCGGAUAUAGUGAAUGCAGGGUCCGGGGAGACCGGAUAUAGUGAAUGCAGGGU